ACAGAUUCUGUAUCUUGGGCUCAGACGACAAUGUCUGGGACGGUGGCUACAACUGGCCUUCCUCUUAUUUCAACUGACACUAACACAACUGCAGUAUCAAAAUUGCCUAGCUGUUCCACUUCUGCCACAGCUCAGCCUUGCCGUUAUAAUUAUUCACCAUUAUCACCAAGUUCGCCAAAUGAGUCGAUUAAUCCUUCUUCCCCGAAGCUUUCAUCCUCUGAUACUCAUUGUCAAUCAGCCUCGUCUGGCCCCCAUUGCCCAACAAUUGGCCCAAGGAUUUGUCCAGUCACAUUAAAUAAUCCGACCAGUUUUGAACUUAAUACCCUUGGUCUGCCGAUCCCCACCUCAAUGACCGUGACAACAACAUCAAUUCCGGUUAUGUGCUCAACAUCUGCCUCCCCCUCUACUUCGAUCGCUUUUAUUACUAAUCAGCUUGCCUCGCCUCACCUCCCAGCCACGAGCACCGGACUAUUGGAACACAGGUAUUCCAGUAGCGAAUGUAGCGAUACUGGGGGCCCCAGUGGAGUCGGCCAGGUCGCCUCUUCAAUAACCGUCAAUCCCAGUAAUGAGGCAUCUUCAGCUCGUGUUGCCUCCUUUAUGGCAAUUGCGCAGCAGCGUUAUCUCGAAGAGGUUGAGCCUUACACAAUGCGCAAUAGAUCUGACUCGAUGCGGACGCGAACUUCAAGCGAGGCAUCGCAGAUCGUUCCCAAUGAAUCCAUAACAAACUUUCGUCUUUUAUGUGGCAUAAAUUGCUAG